CCUGGCUUGGGAAAUAAACUCUAGGAAUCAGUUUAGUGUUCCACCUCCAGCAAAAAUGGAGCUUCUGCUGCUACUCCUACUCCAACUCCUGCCUCUUCUCAUGGUCUCAUCUCGAAUCAGUAACAAUGUUCUAAUGGAUGCCAGCCACUCUUCUCCAUUUCCGCCUCACUUUUUCUUUGGGACUUCUUCCUCUGCUCUCCAGUAUGAAGGCGCUUAUGUGAUGGAUGGUAAAAGUUUGAGCAACUGGGAUGCCUUUGCCCACAAAUCAGGAAGCAUUUCAGAUGGAAGCACUGGGGAUGUCGCUGUUGAUCAAUACCAUCGUUAUCAGGAAGAUGUAGAGUUGAUGGAAUCUCUUGGGGUCAAUGCUCAUAAGAUUUCAAUUUCAUGGUCUCGUGUUUUACCAAAUGGAAAACACGGAAACAUUAAUUGGAAAGGAAUCAUCUAUUACAAAAAUCUCAUCGAUGCUCUCCUACAUAAAGGUAUUGAACCAUUUGUAACAAUAACACAUUUUGAUCACCCUCAAGAAUUAGAGGACAAAUAUCAAGGUUGGCUAAGCCCCGAGAUGCAGGCACUUGAACUCCAGAUCCCAUUGAGCAAGCAUUUCCCUGCGCAGUACUCUAUGUGCUCGGAUGUCAAAUAUGUUUCCAAGUACGUGAAGGACAUGCUUUCCAAACAACAAAUGGCACAGUUUCGGAAGACACCAUGGGGUCAUUUUGCUGACAUACCUGAUAUUCAGUUUUGUGCCCAAAUCGUGCACAUGUUGUUGUUACGUAUGGUCAAGCAACAACCCAAAGAUGAGCUCUGGUUCAACAUAGUGGGCAAAAUAGAAGAAUUCACAUACAACGAUUUCUGCCGCAUCACAGGCUUACCUCCGGCAGCCCCCAGGCCUGCCGUUGCCGAAGAUACUGAAAAAGAUGAUGAAGACGCUGAAGAUGAGGAAGAACCUGGGGAGAUUUCGAAGACCUACUUUGGUGGAUCACUGGAUAUCACUUUCCAGAUGAUGAAGGACAAGGUUGAUGAAGUACGGGGAGGUAAAAAAAGGAAAGGUGACCUACCAGUGAAGCUUGCAUCCCUCUUUGUAGUUGAGAAUGUACUGUUGGGAAAAGAUAGGACAACUAGGAUCAGCCGGAAGUCUAUUCAGCUUGUGAAUGACUUUGAAGAGUUCAAGAAGGAGCCCUGGUCGAGAGAUGCAUAUGAUUUGCUUGUCACACAUGUCAAACGUCUUCUUGAUGGGCAUCCAAUGAAGUUUGUUGACAGUAAAACUAACAACCCUGAGUACAAAAAUGCCAAGUUUUCCAUCUACGGGUUCAUAUUGGUCUUACAGGUGUGGGCAUAUGAAAGAAUUCCAAAAUUUGGGGAACACUUUGGCACACGUGUUGGGAAUGAUGAAGUCCCAAUACUAAAUUGGACAUGUCAUGGCAAAUUCCGGUCAUCUAAGAUACGGAAACUAGUCUUUGCUGAUGAGGUGCCUACACCCCCUAAUUCUGAUGAUGAAGACGAAGGUGAACAUGACAAUAUUGAACUUGAAACAAAGGAAAAGGUUGAAGAAAUGUGUUCAAAUAUUGAUGAGAUAAAAAUCAGUGUUCAAAGGUUGGAAAAAAAAGUGGACGAGGAGCUUGGUGAACUGAAAAACUUACUGGUUAAGGUUAUUGAUACAGUCAACAAGGCUUUACAGGAAAAGGGGAAUCCAUAUGGCCCAAGUCAGCACGGAGAAGAAACAGAAGUUUGUACAACACCUGUUGAAGUUCAAAGGAUGUCUACUCAUGGUGUUGAGAAUGCAGGGACCGCGGCUGAAGGGAAGAAUUCUUGUCCUGUUCUUCCUGAAGAUCAGAAUAUGUAUACUGACCGUAUUGUGCAUGUCGCAACUGAGGCUGAAGAAGAGAAAUCCAAUGCUGUUGUUGGUCAACUACAACGUGGACUGCAAAGUGAUCCUGUAAUGAAUGUUGUUGCCGAGGUGGGAGAUGACUUUGCUUUGACACCUCACGCUCCUUUAGCAAACUUGGAUUGGGACCUUGGUGAUGAAGUUGCAACCGGCGGUGUAGACAUGAUGGCCCUCGAAGAAGCUAGUAUGAAAGAAGUGAGAAAGAGAAAGAGGUUGCCAUCGAAGUACAUUUGCAGCCCAUUCAUAGCUCCCGCCACAUACAUUUUAUUAUGCUCAAUUUUGGCCUACAUGGAUUUGGUUGUUAAAUGUAGGAGGUUCUACAAUGUUACACUAUAAAUGUUGUACAACGUCCUAGAAUGUACUCCCAAGGAUUACCAGAAAUGGUGGCAUACAAUUACGUUUGGUUUUUGUGGCAAUAUAUUUAUAUAUAUUACGGAGGAUGAUUUUGCUUGUGAAGAAGAAAAUUGGUAUGACUUCGGCAAAAAUAAGGAAUUGUUGAAAUUUGUAUAAGAUAGG